AUGAGCAUUAACAAUGAAUCAAUCAACAAUAAACAUAUAUCAAAAUAUGAAUAUAAAAAACAACAUAUUUUUAUAGGAGGUGGAAUUGCAACGGGUAAAACAACAAUGUUAAACUUAUUACACGAAUACAUGGAUUAUUAUACAAACACGUUAUUUAUAAAAGAUUACAUCGAUUACGACAAAGAAGGAAUUAUCAAAUUAAAACAAUUAUUCAAUGGUUUGAUUACCGAUUAUGAAUUUCAAACAUACGUAUUAAACUGUUAUGAAAAACAUUUAAACAGUCCCAUUUACGAAAACGCCGAUUUUAUAUUAUGGGAUAGACAUCCCAGUGAAGCUUUAGAAAUAUGCUGCAAAGACAAAAACCGCUUGACAAAAGAAGAAAGAGAUAAAUUAAAACAACGUCUAGAGCAAAUUUAUAGAAGAUAUGAAAUACCGUUAUUAACCAACAACAAUGUCUCGAUUAUAAAUAUAGACACUUCACGAAUUUCAGUCGAAAUAGCACAAGAAGCAUUAAUUAACGUAUUUAUUCAUUCCGCAAUGCUAGGUAUAACAGAUGGAAGCAUAUUCGUUCUAUUAUAUUGUGGAGAUUCAGAAACACAAUUUAAAAGAAUAGUCAAAAGAGGAAGACAAGUAGAAUUAGAAAUGUACAAAAAGAAAGAAGAUUUGUCAAAGCUAAACCAGUGUUAUAUUGACUUCUACGUUAAACUAAUAACAGAAAAGACGAGCUCUAAGAAGUAA